AUGAUAAACACCCAGGACAGUAGUAUUUUACCUUUGAGUAACUGUCCCCAGCUGCAGUGCUGCAGGCACAUUGUUCCAGGGCCUCUGUGGUGCUCCGAUGCCCCUCACCCACUGUCGAAGAUCCCCGGUGGGCGAGGGGGUAGCAGGGAUCCUUCUCUUUCAGCUCUGAUAUAUAAGGACGAGAAGAUCACUGUUAACCAAGAUGUCCCAGUGCACGAAGGGAAGCCUCAUAUUGUCCACUUCCAGUACAAGGUCACAGAGGUGAAGACCUCCUCCUGGGACGCAGUGCUCUCUAAUCAGAGCCUCUUUGUGGAAAUCCCUGACGGAUUAUUAGCUGAUGGGAGCAAAGAAGGGUUAUCAGCACUGUUGGAGUUUGCUGAAGAAAAAAUGAAAGUAAACUACGUCUUUAUUUGCUUCAGGAAAAGCAGAGAAGAUAGAGCUCCUCUCCUGAAAACAUUCAGCUUCUUGGGCUUUGAAAUCGUGAGGCCUGGUCACCCUUCUGUCCCGUCGCGGCCAGACGUGAUGUUCAUGGUGUACCCCCUGGAUCAGAACUCUUCCUCAGAUGAAGAAUAGCUGCAGCGGGGAACUCCAGUGUGACCUGGAAAUGCUGUUGAGGGGAGAGAGGGUUCAAUCUCCUUUCUUGAGGAAAGGGAAAACAAGCUUCUGUUGGACUGAAACUGCAUUUUUCAUUGUUAGAUUGGCCUGUGUAUCCUCAGAGUUGGCUAUCUCAUUGAAACGUGUUGCCUAGAGAACUAUAUAUACACACAUGUAAUCACCAAAUAGUAAAUGGAAGAUGUUUAUGAACUGGCAUAGGAGCUCUUUACGUGCAGCUGUGUGGUGUGUUAGCCUGGUUCCCCGGGCCGGGUGUGGGCAGUACAGCAGUAGGUGCAGCACUGACUCCUUGACUUCUCUAAUCCGUGUUGGUCCUUCCCCAGUCCCCCCAUGUGUGCUCAUCUGACAGACCACGUUUUGACUUUUCACUCAAGACUCUGAAGCAGGAGGCAUGUUUUGGGUGUCAGGCAUGUGGAGGAGAUGUGCUCAUGCUUAACCUUUAACACUACAUUAAACCCCCGUGUGUCUCCGCUUUGGGGCGACCAAUGCUGUUUUAACUGGUCUAACCUUUUCUUUUCCCUUCUCCCCCCCCACCCCUUUCAGACUCCUUGCUCUUCCAGCUUUUGUUUUAAGCAGUCUUAGCUCUGUUCAAUGUUACCACUGCACUAGCACAGCGUUCAAUAAAGGGGCAUUCCGAUGAACUUCA